AUUAGCAUCACGGAAUAAUCGGGAACUUAUUCGUUUGCCAAAUCGGUGAUUCGUGGAUAUGAGCUUUAUCGUUAUCGUGCCGUUGAUAAGAGGAAAACAGAUGCGUGUUACAGUUUUAUUUGCGUUACCGAUUGCCUCGUGCCGUACUUGGGAUUCCUAUGUGGCACCUGCCACAUUGUAGAUGAAUAGAACUCACGCACGCGUAACAAUUCGCUUGAAGCAAUGCGCAACGUGUUGCAAUAUUGUCUCGUAAUUAACGUAGUAUUGUCUUAAUCGGCGCUCGUGAGAAGUCAAAUAAGUAUAUCUGAUACAGAUAAAGCGCAAAUUUAAAAGAUCCAAGAAAAGAUUUCAAUUUUAAUCUAAACGUGGUUCAGUGUGCAUUUAUAUGUAUGUAUGUACAUGUAUAUAUAUUUAUAUGUGUGUUGAUGAUUAAACAUUUUGUGAAAACUUGUUAUUAUAAGAUGAAGUUCCGUGCAUUGUUAUCGUUUAUUCUGAUGGUGAAUCUAUAUUUUAUGAAGACAUGCCUGAGCGUUGAUACGAAGAUUUUAAGCUUGUGCACAGCUCAAAGUACCUGUGAGAAUUGUUUAGAAGCAAGUUUGGCUUGUGCUUGGUGCAGCGACUGGUCAUACUCAAAUUCUACGUAUGGCAAACCGAGGUGCAAUGUACCGGAGCGACUGCGUGCAUUUGGCUGUCCGGAUGCGGAAAUACGCGCGUCACCGCCAGGAUCACUCCGGGUACUGGCGGACAUAGACUUCCAGGACGUCUCUAAUGACCGUACGGUACAGCCAAUACAACUGAGACCGCAGAAACUGCAACUGAAACUCAGACCGCGCUCCAUUCAAGCGGUGACGAUUCAGUACAGACCGGCUAAAAAUUAUCCAUUGGAUCUCUAUUAUCUCAUGGAUCUUACAUGGUCGAUGAAAGACGAUAAAGAAACUCUGGUAGGAUUAGGUUGGAAGAUGGCUAAUACACUUGGUACAUUUACCACGAAUUUUCGACUUGGUUUUGGAAGCUACGCCGAUAAGCCUUUGAUGCCAUAUAUUUUUCCAAAACACGAAGAAAAUCCAUGUAAAAGUGAAAAUGCAGUCUGUAAGCCGUUAUAUUCUUUUUGGCAUCAUUUGGAACUCACUGACAACAUACCGAGAUUUAUUCACGAAGUAAAUUAUAGUUCGGUAACCGGUAAUGUGGAUAAUCUGGAGGGCGGUCUCGAUGGGAUUGUACAAGUAAUCGUUUGCGAUCAAGUUGGUUGGGCUCAUCAAGCGCGGAAACUGAUGCUAGUAGCGACCGAUGGAUUCUUGCACUUCGCUGGCGAAGGAAAGCUAGGGGGAGCAAUAGAACGCCAAGACUUUCAGUGUCACAUUGACGAACGUGGACAGUAUUCCUUGGCAAAAAAAUAUGAUUACCCUUCUUUGGCAGAGAUAUCCAGAUUGUUACAUGAGCACAAAGUCAAUCUGAUCUUUGCCGUGACAGAAGACCGUCGUUAUGAAUACAAAUUAAUUGCUGACUUGCUGAAAGAGCAAGCUAGGGUCGCAACUCUGACACGUAACAGUUCCAACAUCCUCGAGAUCAUCGAGAGUGCUUACCACGAAAUAGUGAGUAAAGUAGUGCUGCGCGACAAUGCGACUGGCCCGUUACAUCUUAAGUAUCUGUCUGCGUGUGGAAGUAAGACAAACGUGGAAUUAAAUACGUCCGAGUGCGAUGAUAUACAAGAAGGUCAGAUAUAUGAAUUUAAAGUCUUCAUAACAGCUGAUGAAUGUCCGAGAAACAAUAGUUUGUGGAGACAAACAAUAGUGAUUGACGACGCGUUAGCGUCCGAAGCGUCUGAAGUGCAGAUCGAAGUUGAACUUUUGUGCGGAUGCGAUUGUAAAAACAUAAAAAGUUCAUACUGCGAGCAUGGAGUCAAUGAGUGCGGUAUAUGCAAAUGCGACUUCGGAUGGUCUGGAGAUAUUUGCGACUGUGACGAGAGUUCUUUCACAGAUAAUAAGCUACAAUGCAUCAACAGAGGGGAGAUUUGCUCAAAUAGAGGCGAAUGCAUUUGUGGUAUUUGUAGUUGCGAUAAGGGAUACAAUGGCCACUUCUGCGAAUGUUCUCCUUGCGAUAAAAUCGACGGAAUCGAAUGUGGCGGUCGGGGCAUAUGCGAAUGUGGUGUUUGCAACUGCUUGGACGGAUGGAAGGGCAAUGGUUGUCAAUGCCCGUCCGGUAAUGAACUUUGUAUUGCUCCUGGCAGCAAAAACAUAUGCGCUGAACAUGGAUAUUGUGAUUGUGGACAAUGCCGAUGCAACGAGACAGCUGCCGAUGGUCUAUAUUAUCGAGGCACAUACUGCGAAUCGUCCGCGAGCGCAGGUGGCAGUGGACUUUGUAUCCUUUACAACUCUUGCGUGAACGUCACGGUCGAAUAUCCGGAGAAAGCGGAAGAACUAUGUCAGACUAAUACGACUCUUUACAAAACCGAACGAGUGGACACGGUGAAUAUAGAUGAUGAGCAUUACUGUUUUGUGAGGUCAAUACAAGAUAGAACUGUCUGCACCACACCUUAUAUAUAUGAAUUUCAACUGGAUAAAACAGUUAUUUUGAGAAUCGCUGACAAGACUUGUCGUACGUUAAUGCACGCCGCGUUCAUUCCCGGAAUCAUUUUUGGUGCUGUAUUACUACUUGGAAUUACUGGCUUAUUGAUAUGGAAAUUUUGGACUUCGGUACAAGAUCGUAGAGAAUACGCAAAAUUUGAGCAAGAACGACAAAAAACGGUUUACGCUUUAGACGAGAAUCCGCUUUUCCGUCCAGCUACUACUCGAUUUAGAGUGCCUUCUAUGUACAAGGACGAUUGAAAAUUAUUAAUAAUACUAAUGGUUAAUAAUAAUAUAAUAAUAUUAAUAUAUUAUACAUAAAAAAAACAUCUCUGGUAAAUACGCCCGAUCAA